AUAACUAUUUGUUGUAACCAUAUGACUUUCCAAGAUGAGGUCAAUCAAGUGUUGAUUCAUGAGCUAAUCCAUGCUUAUGAUGAUUGCCGUGCAAAGAACAUGGACUGGAAAAAUUGUGGUCACCAUGCUUGCUCUGAGAUUCGGGCUAAUCAUCUUAGUGGGGAUUGCCAUUACAAACGGGAAUUGCUGCGAGGAUUUAUGAAAAUACGAGGUCAUGAACAGGAAUGUGUGAGAAGGCGUGCUCUGAAGUCUGUCCAAAAAAAUCCACACUGCUCAGAUGCAGCUGCAAGAGAUGCCAUUGAGGCUGUCUGGGAUAUCUGUUACAAUGAUACCAGUCCAUUUGACAGAGCUCCAUAAAACUUGGACAUAGUUUGCCGACAUUCUCCCCAGGGAAGCACGGGGGUAGCUGCCUUCUCAUGCCAUUGAGAUUCCUUCCAUUUUUGGAUAUUUUAUGUUGUAACAAUCGCCUUUCAUUUAAUUUUAUGCCUGUCUUCUUUUUGUACUCUACAGGCCUAGAGAAAUAGGUGAUGUUUUAUUUCAUGUAAACCAUUUGCCAAUAAAAUUGUUUUAUUGGAUUGAUGCUAUUGUAAUGCUGAAAAUUAGUUUAUGGGAUCACAAAGCAAAAUUAUUUUUGUGAAA